CCGAGGAGGAGGGUGAGGUGAGGCGAAGGGGAGAGGGGGAGCACAAGCCCACCUCCCAUUCCCGUCCCCCUAUCCUAUGGAUAGAGCCACCGCGACAGCCGUAGACAUCCUCGUCAUGAUCCCAUCGCCUUCGCCUUCGCCUUUGUAGCACCGCCUCCUCAGCCACCCGCCCCCUGUUUGUUGGCCCCUGGGUUCUUGGAUCGGAUUGGAUCCCCAUCCGCCCGUUUCCUGGAAGAGAGAUGGCCGAAAUGGCCGUGACCGUCGCCGCCGCCGCCGGGACGCUCCGACCGUGCACCGGCGUGUCGCAGGCGGCGCCGGGUGGGCGCCGUGCUGUGGGUCUGGCUCUGUGGCGGCCUCUUGCUCCGGCGGCGCCCGCUAAGCUGAGAUUGUCCUCUCCAGCUGUGAGGGUCCCCAGGGCUGCUUCCCCUGCGGCUGUUGAGCAGGAUGGGAGCAACACUGAUACAGUCCCUAUCCCGAAAGUUAUAAUAGAUCAAGACUCAGAUCCGGAUGCAACCAUUGUAGAAAUAACCUUGGGUGACCGUCUUGGUGAUCUUCUUGAUACAAUGAGUGCCCUGAAGAACUUGGGGCUAAAUGUCGUCAAAGCAAGUGUCUGCCUUGAUUCUUCCGGCAAGCAUAACAAGUUUUCGAUAACAAAAUCGUCCACUGGCCGCAAAAUUGAUGAUCCAGAGUUGCUAGAAGCAGUACGACUUACGAUUAUUAACACCAUGAUACAGUACCAUCCAGAAGCUAGCAGUCAAUUGGCUAUGGGUGCAACUUUUGGGCCAGAACCCCCUACGGAGCAGGUUGAUGUGGACAUAGCAACUCACAUAGAUAUCUAUGAUGAUGGCCCUGAAAGAAGCUUACUUGUGGUGGAAACAGCAGACCGUCCAGGGUUACUGGUAGAUUUUGUUAAGAUCAUCGCUGACAUCAACAUCACUGUCCAAUCUGGAGAAUUUGACACUGAGGGGCUACUAGCUAAAGCAAAAUUCCAUGUCAGUUAUAGGGGCAAACCCCUGAUCAAGGGUUUGCAACAGGUUCUUGUUAAUAGCCUGCGCUAUUUCUUGAGAAGGCCGACAACAGAGGAGGCCAGCUUCUAGACAGAUGACCAUGAAGGUCCCCACCUUUCAGCCAUUCACUUAAUUUAUGAGAUGGAUUCACAUGAAUCGGAUACUAUCAUCAUAGUUGUUGUUGAAAUACGCAUAAUAACUUCUUAAAUAUGGAGGGGGUAUCGUAUGGCGCUACACCAAUUUAAGCAAUUUUUCAUUUGAAGGCAUGGCAUCUUCUGUAUCAACUGCAGAAGCCUAGCCAUACGUGCUAUUGCGAUUCUUAAUCAUGUAACACAUGAUUAUUUUGCUACCUGGGAUGCAUGUUUGGUGAUCAAUAAGAUGGAAAAUUGUGGGGGCCA